AUGACUACAGAGGGCUUUGGCGUAAUUGUAUCUGUCGACGACACUUCAUAUAAGGUUAGAUAUCCAUCAUUCCUUUUUGAAAUUUCCAGUUUCCUAAGAACUUCAAAUUAAAAAUUCAAGGUAUGGCGCGUGAACAAAGAGCUCGAAAGCUUUCCGAAAGCUACAGGAAAAGAAGAAAUAGGAAAACUUCUCUGUGUCAGUGAAUGUAAUUCGGAGGUAAGUUUUUAGUUUUCUUAUCAUGGAUUUUAUUUAAAAAGCAGAUCCAUAAAAUUUAGACCUUUAAAGGUUUUUCCAUUCAAUGUCCAUAACGAUUCACCAAUUUUAACGGAAAGAUGCCUUCUCCAGAAUAUUAUUCCCAAUGAUCGUGUUCGUAGUUUUUUUUUCCAGAUAAAAGUGCGUGACGCCAAUGAAAAAACUCUUAUUACGACCGUUGAAAGCGGUGUCCUCAAAGUGAGUUUGUGUGAUUUUGAUCACAUGCUUCCUAUCUUUUUGAAGAUAUCCUGCCAUGUCCAUUUUCCUCCGCCUGGCUUUCUUGAAAAAAACGUGAAUUGGCGUGGAGUCGCUUGGUCUCCGCAGCUCGGGGUAAGGCUCAAUGUUUUUGUCGAAAUGUUGACUCGUUUUCCCCAGAAAAUUGAGUACGACGAGGUUUUAACGAAAUUCUACAACAAAAAUCAUCCAAUGAAGGUUUUUUCGAAGUUUUUAUUUUACAUAUGUUUUCAAUCAGUUAACAGUUUGAUACCAUUUUCCAGGCCAAAGUUCGAUACGACUCGAAAAGUUGUUUUGGUUUUGUCAUCGAAGAGCUCUUCACAUCUCCAGAUUUUUGGUUGUUUUUUUCGUUCGCGGUUUGAUGUCUCUAAUAUAUAUGUGAUUUUAUAUGAAAGUUCCAGCCGUGGUUGAAAGAAUCUUCUGAAUUUAAGCCUCUCGACGAGUUAAAUAAAGAAUUGCUCCCCAAUUCUCAUGUUAGUACAACUGAUAUUUUUUUUUAGCGAAACACACUUUUCAGCUUCAUCGCCGAACUCAGAAGUCACCAAAACCACGUCGUUCUGAGUGCUUCGAAGGUUAUUUCGUUGCUUGGUGCGGCAAGCAGUUUCAGAAUGGUUAGUCUCCGAACGUGCCACUAAAUUAUAUAUUCCCUCCAUAGGUCAUGUCAAUGAGCCGGUGUUGUGGAAUUCUAAAAUCGGCUUCUUGUUUUUAUACAAACAUUGUCGAAAAGAUUUGGUUGUUAAGUUCAAGGUUAAAUAUUUUUUUGCUUUGAAUAAUUUCGGAUUUACAGCUCGGCGACAGGUUGUCUUUCCGAGUCGCUCAAAGAUUUAUCAAUAAUAAAAAAGAAGAAACAGUUUCCGAGGAUUCAAAAUCUACAUGGGUUCGUUGUCUUUCAAUCAUCUUUUCAGUGCAGAAAAAAACAAAUUUAAAUCUUUUGAGUAAAUUUUGUGCUAUUUUGGCGGGAUUUGUGUUUUUGAUGCGCACUUAUCUUCAGUGUCAUCGCCUGUAGAAGAAAAAUCGGGCUUUUUAUAUAAGAAAUUAUACUUUUUAUAAAUUGAGAAAGAUGGUUUUUCAGAGCCAAAGAAAAAAAAAAUGCUUACCUGACUUCUUUUUUUUUGAAUAAUAUAGCGAAGGCUGUUGUUUUUUUCCUCUGUUUAAAAAUAGACCGCAUGUUUCAGUUUGCUGAUUUUGUCAAACCUGUUGAAUCGACGCAUUUCACCCCAGUUCGAACCCACCGUUCAAGUUUGGGUUCCUUGAUUGUAAGUUUUUGAAGAUGAAAAAAUUCCUAUCAUAUUUAUUUAGCUUGAAGCGAAAAUUACAGUAGAUGAACAUUUUAUUGCUGUUCUGAAUGGACCUGAGGAAGCAGGAAAAAUCGAUCACCCUUAUUUUAAAAAGGUAUUGAGUGAUGGUAGAAAAGAAUUUUGGGUCCCCGAAUAUUCGUGCGCGUUAGUUGUGCAUGCACCAAUCUUGGGGGCUCGAAUCUUUGCAAAUUUUAAUCUUUGCAAACAACUCUUGGAACCAAAAAAGAAAUCACCUCUUUUUUGAAUUUCCAUCUUUUUUUUCCUUCAUUUUUUUUCUUUGUCGUUUUAUUUUGAGGAUUUCGUGUUUCGACCACAAAUGAACACUGUGGGAUUUUUUUCAACUAACUUUUCAUCAAAUAAUGCGUCUUUCUCGCAUACACGUAGUCAAAGAUUCGCUGCAGAAUGCCUACCACUCUUUCAUUCACUCUGUAUACAUUCUCCAUCAACUUCUGUUUACGAGAAAUUGGAAAAAUUAUAAAAAAAAAUCAGAAAAGAGGUGAAUGUUCCCAAGAAUUGUUCAAAUUUGCAAAGAUUCGAGCCCCCAAGAUUGGUGUAUGCACAAUUAAUGCUCACGAACACUCGUGGUCCCAAAAUUCCUUCCUACCAUCUAUUGAGUGAGAGCUGAAAUUUUUUUAUCUUCUCAGAUCCAUUUCAUUACAAGUAUUGUUCGAAAACACUUGCAAAAGGUCAGUUCCUUGUUGCAGUUCCUGUUAUUUUUUCAUAUCAGGCAAAUUUUUUGCUGUCUCCUGGAUGUGUGAUCGAGUGCUUGAUUGAGCCAAUUAUCAACGCGAAAGAUAUCAUCAAGAGUUUUUGGAAAAUUCAUCAGAUCACGGGUGUACGUUUUCUAUGAAAGUUUCUCAAGAGAAUGACUUAAUUGCAGCUUGUUCCCGCAAAAGGAACGCAUCUGGUGGAUAGCUUGAUUUAA